AUGACUUCCGCUGCCCCACUCCGCCACCCAACGUCGUCAGCGUCGACGCCGCAGUCCGUCGCCUUCGGACGGCCCCUUCAUCCGCCCCGUUCAUCGGCACCUCGAUGAUAAACCGCCCAUUCAGCCUGCUCAGCCGCUGCCUUUAGACGUUAGCGGGGAAGUGCCACAAAGUGGUCGUGCUCGAGGUCGUGGUGCGGUGCGAGGACGCCGGGGCCGUAGAGGUGAUCGGGGCCAGUCCGCGAGGCAUUGUAUUGGGUUGUUUGAGCAGCACUGAGGGCCUGGCAUCAACUCUACGCCUUACUCGAGCUGUUGUUCACGCGGCAAAGUUCGUCUCCCCCGCUUUGAGGCGCUGCCUGAGGAGCUCCUCUCGCUUUUGACCCUCGCUGGCCAAGGUCAGUUCUUUCCUUGAUCUUUAUAGUCCUGCGCGCUUGACAAUUGAUUUUCUCCGACUCGGACGCUCACAAGGUUAUCCGUGAUGGCAUCCUUGAAUACAUCCAGACCUUUGCGAAGGCCUCCUCUGGCACGAACGGUGAUCAUGGCAUCGUCACCGCGUGCGGGCCGCCCUCUUUUCACUUAAGCGGCACCGUCUUCCAUCGCACUGGCGCCUUAACUCUGGCUCAGCCAGCGAAACUGCGCCCAUUUUUGCCCAGAUCUUACCCGUGGACUCAAGCAAGCGUAUUGAUUCCCGUGUCAACCUCAAGGGGACCGAGGCGAAGCAAACCGCCGCUGAUUUGCUCCCCACACUUGAUGCCAUGCUCCACGCCCACAAUCGUCGAGUUCGACGAGCCCUCACCGCAUUUUCUCCGGACGGUGCACGACGUUUUUCAGAUGACCCGACCCAGCUUGAGCUCGUUACCCACCGGUACCGAAUCCUCGACUUUGCCGCCUUCGUUUGUGUUCAAGAUGCAGCUUGUCAGUCCGUGCUUCGUACGCGCCGAGUCAAAGGUACUGCGCAAGAUCAAAGGCGCCUGCGACGAGGAUGCUCUGCCCACGGGCGCCUGAAAACACCUUGCGGGGCUCGAAUUAUCGGCGUCCUUCUCAUCCGACUCGCAUUGAUCAGGGACUGGUAGAGACUAGCUGUUGUCGGCCUCGAUGCCGGUGGACAGAGAGAAGAAGUGCAACAAGGCCCAAGGCACACUAGGUACUCGCUUCCGGGUUUUUGAUCAACUGCUGACGGUGCUGACUACCCUCCACGACCUUGGUUUGACCAUCGCAAUCGUUCGCUUGGAGCGUUCUUUACCAUGGCGGCCACCUUGUGCUCAUUGACUGGGAAGGCGGCGUGGCUACCAAGCCCGGGCAAUCGGUUCCAUCGCAACGCAAGCGGAGGGCCGCCUUCACGUGACGGAGAGAAGCGCAUCUCAGCAGGCGCUCGGGUGUAACGCGAGUGGACUGGGUCGUAGUGAAGUAUUCCUUUUUUUUUUCUUCUAUUUUCUGGCGAGUCUCAACGGACCCGCACCAGCCCGCACCCGAGUCCCGGCUAGCGCACUGCACGCGCUCGAAUCGGCCGUCCAUUGCCUGUUCCAAGUCCUACCCUCCCGCAUCAUUCCGGCAGGGCCCGGCGGCGACUAUUUUGUUUUUCGAUGGAACUCUGCCAGCUCUAGGCUUUACAGGCCGCAAGUGAGGGACCGCCGAGCGGAUAUCUGA